GAACUGUGAAUACCCCUUAUAAUGUUUGUUUAUGUUCAUUGAGUUGACAGCUGGCACUGCACGUGUUAGCUCUGAGAGGAAUUCUUGAGAAGUUGAAUAUUUUUUGUAAAUAAUGGAGCCCGGCAUUUGUUAUAUUAAACCAGAAUUUUUGGUGGAAGAAGUAAAGAAGCCAGUAGCAGAGGACGAUAGCAAUAAGAGAAAACACAGUGAGUCUGCUGAGACAACGAACGAUGGCAAUGGCGAAGCAAAUAAAUUCCAAAAGAAUAAUAAAAAGGAACGCAAGAGGGGACAGAAUAAGAAUCGCCCAGUAUACAAAGAUGAUCGCACCACACAUUUGUGCAAUACCCUGAUAAAUGGUCCCACCGAUAACAAGUGUGCGUUGGAAAAUUGUCGUUAUGUUCAUGAUUUACAACAGUAUUUGGCUGCCAAGGGUGAAGACUUGGGCGAGAAAUGUGUUGUCUUCGAAAGUAAAGGAUUUUGUCCGCGUGGUGUGACUUGUCGCUUUGCAAAAUCCCAUUUGGAUGCAGAGGGCAGGAAUAUUAAAGCGCCACAUUAUGAUGAAAAUACUCCACCGACCACUUUUAAUGGUAUUACAUCGGAAUUGCAGAUACGUUUGCGUAAAAGGCAAUAUGAUUUUUCAAAAUGUAAGAAAUUCAUCAGACAAGCUGAGUCGAUGCGAGACAAGAGGAAGGCAGAGAAGCAAGAAGAAAAUGGUGGUGUCAAAGAAGAAAAUGUGGCAGAGCCAGAAAAGGAAGAGACUGAACAAGAAAUAACAGAGGAGGAACAGAAGAUGGAAGCUUUGGAGGAAAACAAGCCAUUGGGAUCUUGUGGUGAUGAAGACACCAAGGGAAGGGAUGCGGUGCGUAAAGCACCCAUUGAUUUCAGAGAGAAAUUAGUACUCUCCCCAUUAACAACUGUUGGAAAUUUACCAUUCCGUCGUAUAUGCAAGGAGUAUGGAGCAGAUAUAACAUGCGGUGAAAUGGCUUGUUGUGUACCCCUGGUCAAGGGUAUGACCCAAGAAUGGGCAUUGAGCAAACGCCAUGAAUCAGAAGAUAUUUUUGGUGUCCAGUUAUGUGGCAAUAAUCCCAAUAUUAUUGCCCAAGCGGCUCAGCUGAUGCAAGAGACGGCUAAAGUUGAUUUUCUGGAUUUAAAUAUUGGCUGUCCCAUUGAGUUGAUCUAUCAACAAGGUGGUGGCAGUGCCCUGAUGAGGCGUACCAAUAUUCUCGAAUUGACUGUUAGGUCGUGUUCCGCUCUCAAUCCACAAAUACCGUUUACAGUAAAAAUGCGUACCGGUAUCUAUGCCGAUAAAAGUGUGGCUCAUGAUUUGGUGCCCUUGGUAGAGGAAUGGGGUGCAGCAGCUGUAACGCUUCAUGGUCGUUCCCGAGAACAACGUUAUACCCGCAAUGCCAAUUGGGAGUAUAUUGAGGAAUGUGCAGCCAAGGCCAAAAAUAUGCCGAUCAUUGGAAAUGGAGAUAUAUUGAAUUUUGAAGACUACACAGAAAAGAGGAAAAUUGCCCCACAUGUAUCGUCUGUAAUGAUAGGCCGUGGCGCCUUGAUUAAACCAUGGAUUUUCCAAGAAAUCAAGGAACAAAAGCACUUGGAUCCCAGUUCCACUGAACGUUUCGAAAUGAUGCGUAAAUAUGUCAACUAUGGCCUUGAGCAUUGGGGCUCCGAUACAAAGGGUGUCGAAAAUACGCGACGUUUCUUAUUGGAAUGGCAAUCAUUCCUGUAUCGUUAUAUACCUUACGACCUAAUGUUACAACCACCGCAAAAAAUCAAUCAACGGCCACAAACAUUUAGGGGCCGAGAUGAAAUGGAAACAUUAAUGAGUUCCUCGAAUUCACAGGAUUGGGUAAAACUAAGUGAAAUGUUAUUGGGUCCCGUGCCAGAUGGUUUUACAUUUGUACCUAAACAUAAGGCGAAUUCGUAUUAAAAUGUUUCAAUCAUUCGUAUACAUGAUGUUAAAACAUGUAUAGUUAUUUUAGCGUGUUUUUACAAUGUAUUAUAUAACAUUUGUUUAAAAUAGAAAAUAUUUUAUUUUGAAUA